AAUACAAUAAAUAAAAUUAGUUAUUGACAUUUUUUUAUAAUUUAUUAUUUUGUUUAUUGAGGUUAAGUACACAACAAUAAAACGAGAAUAUUUUUUUUAUUAGAUUUUCUACGCAUGUCGAAUAGGUUACAAGAAAAGGAAGUUAAAUAAUUGAUAAUUUCGAUAAAACUUCGAAAGAAAAUCUAGGCAAAAUGUUGUUUCUAAGAAAUAGUUUGCUUCAAACCACAAGAGUUUUAAUGAUAGCAACAAAUAAUUACUCAAAACCAGCAAUUGCAUCUAUGGGUGCAAAAGGAAAGAAAAAAUUAGGAAAAUUAGGUCCUAUGGUAGAAAAGAAAGUAUUGCCAGUGGAAACUGAUCCUAAUAAGCUUGUAAAUUUUGUAUGUGGGAGUAACAUUUUUAAAGAGGGUAAAGAUAUUGAAUUAAAGCCUGAUAGUGAAUAUCCUGAAUGGUUGUGGAAAUUGAAUAUUGGCAAACCAUUAACAUUAGAUGAAUUAGACCCAGAAACUAAACAGUAUUGGAGAAAACUUCGAAAAAUGGGUCUUAAACGUAAUAAUCAAUUAGCCAAAGUGAAAAAAUUAAGAUAGUUUUAUUUAAUGUUUGUUUGUUUUUUUAAAUAUAUUUAGUUACAUAAA